GGAAAGUGCGUGUCGGAAAAACGAUGGCUUUGAAUUUAAAACUGCGUGUCUAUGUGUAUAGACAAACACGGUGUCUAUGUUCAUGAGUUAUAUAAGUUAAAUUGAGUCAAAAUGCCGGCUAUAACCGAAGAGAAUGAUAUCUUGAAAACUAUAUUGUUUUCUUUUAACGUGUUUGUGCAUAUGUUGGUAGGAAUCACGAUGGGGGUUCCCAUGCUGUUUGCAGUGCUCCAGAACUUCCAGACUGACGAUGCAGACACUGAGGCUAUAAUGCAUCAUAUCCUGAUCUGUGUACCUGCGUACCAAGUCCUGACAUCGCAAGCACUGCUCAGCUUAUGUCCUUACAACACCUGGUCUUCACCACUCAGGAAAAGUAACAAAAUGCGAGCACAUUGGGUCCUACAUCUGAGCGGUUACGCUUUGGGAGUCAUUGGCAGCGUGAUCAUCAUGUCUUCUAAGAAAAAGAACUUCCAAACUACACAUGGACGAUUAGGUUUGGUUUGCCUAACCAUAACGCCAUUGACAAUGCUGACCGGACUACUAGCUCUAUGGGCUUAUCCAUUACGAAGGUUAUACCCUGUCAAGGUUAACAAACUGGUGCACGUCAUAAUCGGGAUGGCUUGCUUUUCCUGUUCCUCAGCUGCUAUCUGCCAUGGAUUCAACAAAGAAGCCUUCAGAGACUGGAUGAACGAACGAGUCACUAAUGGAUUUAUCGCCUUCACUAGCAUCGUCACCUCCAUUUUGCUCUUUAACCCUUUGCUCACAGUGUUCAGAUUAACUUAUAAAAUUUUGAACAGAGAUUGUCAGUGAAUCAGAAGUACCUAUGUUAAGCAAUUUUGACAGCACGGUUGGCGCGGUGGUUGGGAUACUCCGCCACGCUACGUGCUACGGGUUCGAUUCCCUCACGGAACAACUCUUUGUGUGAUCCACAUAUUGUUCUGGGUCUGGGUAUCAUGU